AUGUCUUCUUAUUCAGACUGGAAAACAGAGUGGUUAACUGGAGGGGAUUGCAUAGCUGGCAUGCAUGAGGUUGUUGCCACAAAGAGGACAAUUGAUGCCAUUAAUUUAGCACAAGAGCAAAAUCGUAGCUUAUGGAGAGUCUCUUCAACGUUGUUUGCGCACACAUCAUCAGAUGCAGUUCUGAAGCCAUUGGGACGUUUUGCAGAGUUGCCACUUGCAGGCAAAUAUCCACCUAUGUGUGCGGGAGAUGAAUUGUCAUGGAAGAAGAGGACGAGUGAGGAGCAACAUGCACACGUGAAAGAGGAACAAGGGUGUGAAACUUUUGAGGACUAUCGUUUAGAGACCAAAUUGAGAGUGUAUAAAGUGGUGAAGCAAUGCCACUGUCGCCUCCUCCGUCAUGGUCUCCACCACGACACCUUCCUCGUCAACACCCUCUUGCGUUCUUCCUUCAACCUCCGCGCCACGCAAUACGCCACCGUCGUUUUCGCCCAAACCCCCCACCCCAACAUCUUCCUCUACAACACCCUCAUUCGCGGCCUCGCCUCCAACGAAGCCUUCCACGACGCCGUUUCCCUUUACGCUUCCAUGCGCCAGCGCAUCACCUUCGCUCCUGACAACUUCACAUUCCCCUUCGUCCUCAAAGUCUGCGCCAGGCUUAAAAACACCCACCUAGGCCUCACCCUUCACUCUCUCGUUACCAAAAUCGGCUUCGAAAGUGACGUGUUUGUUAACACCAGUCUUGUUUGUUUCUAUUCCAAAAACGGGUUUCUAAGUCACGCGCGCCAGUUUGGUUAUUGUGAGGAGGCUGCUGGGUUGUUUAGAGGGUUGCUGGAGAUGGGUUUGAGGCCGGAUAAUUUCACGUUCGUUCGGGUUUUGUAUGCGUGUUCGAAGGUGGGGGACUUGCCUAGUGGACGGUGGAUUGAUGGAUACAUGAGGGAGAGUGGGUUGUGUGGGAAUCUGUUUGUGGCGACCUCGUUGGUUGAUAUGUACACGAAGUGCGGAAGCAUGGAGGAGGCACGAAGAGUGUUUGAUGGGAUGGUGGAGAGGGAUGUUGUGUGUUGGAGUGCCUUGAUUCAGGGGUAUGCUGCCAAUAGGAUGCCGAAGGAGGCGCUUGAGGUGUUUUUUGAGAUGCAGAGGGAGAAUGUUAAGCCAGAUUGUUAUGCCAUGGUGGGGUUUCUUUCUGCAUGUGCGAGGCUGGGGGCGUUGGAGUUGGGGAAUUGCGCUAGAGAUUUGGUGGAUGGUGAUGAGUUUUUGUGUAAUCCUGUGUUGGGUACUGCAUUGAUUGACUUUUAUGCGAAAUGUGGAAGUGUGGGGCAGGCGGUGGAGGUUUUUAAGUGGAUGAGGAGGAAGGAUUGUGUGGUGUUCAACGCUGUUAUUUCUGGGCUGGCUAUGUAUGGACAUGUUGGGGCUGCCUUUGGGGUGUUUAGCCAAAUGGGAAAGGUUGGAAUGCAGCCGGAUGGGAACACUUUUGUUGGUUUGCUUUGUGGGUGUAAUCAUGCUGGUUUGGUUGAUGAUGAUCGGCGUUAUUUUAGUCGCAUGAGUUGUGUUUUUGUUGUAACUCCUACUAUAGAGCAUUAUGGAUGCAUGGUGGAUCUUUUGGCUCGUGCAGGUUUGUUGGUUGAAGCGCGAGAUUUAGUCAAGAGUAUGCCGAUGAAGGCCAAUGCUAUUGUUUGGGGAGCACUGUUGGGAGGAUGUAGGUUACACAAGGAUACCCAAUUGGCUGAACAUGUGUUGAAGCAGCUCAUUGAGUUAGAACCGUGGAAUUCAGGACAUUAUGUUCUCUUAUCGAAUAUAUAUUUAGCAAGCCGUCGAUGGGAUGAAGCAGAAAAAAUCAGGUCAAGUUUCAGUCAGAAAGGGAUGCAGAAGUUACCCGGGUGUAGUUGGGUUGAAGUGGAUGGGGUUGUUCAUGAAUUCCGUGUAGGGGACACUUCCCAUCCUUUAACGCUCCAAAUAUAUAAAAAACUUGAAAGUUUAUUUAAGGACUUGAGAGAAGCUGGAUAUAAUCCGACCACUGAGUUUGUGCUCUUUGAUGUGGAAGAGGAGGAGAAGGAGUACUUCCUUGGCUGUCAUAGUGAGAAGUUAGCUGUUGCAUUUGCACUGAUCAGUACCAGUGCCAAAGAUGUGAUUCGUGUUGUUAAAAAUCUUCUUGUAUGUGGUGAUUGUCAUGAGGCGAUGAAACUUGCUUUCCGUGAGCUUUGUAAGAUUGCUAGUGAGCACUUGAAUUAUGGAGGUGCUGACUUUUAUUUUUUUGAGGUUCUUGAAAAACUUUGCAUGACUGGUACUAAUUGGUUGGGGUUAACACAUGAGUGA